CCAAGCGGACCCCUCCCCGCUCCUAGGGCUCCCCGUGCCCUCCGGACAAGGCUAAACUGUAUCCCGAGCCCCCCAACUGCACGGGAUCGCCGAAAGGGUCUCCAAGUCCCAGAACUGCGCUCUGCCGGCACACGGGCUCUCAGGACACAGGAAGUGCUCCCGCGACCCUAGAGACCCGGGACCGUCUGAGCAGCCACCCGCUCCCACCCCAAAGCCAAAUGAGCCCCGGGACCCCGGCCCCCGCCCGCGUCCCCGAGAUCCCCGCACUCGGAGCGCCGCGCAUCCCCGGGAGCCGCCCCCGUCGCGAGCCCGCUUGCCACGGCCGCCCCGGGUCGCCUCCUGAGCCAGGACACGCCGAGCUCCCUCACCUGAGGCGCGUCGGCGGACGAGCGGCCCCCAGAGCCCCGGGGAAAACUGAAGCGGGCGGCGGAGACGCGGCGGCGGCCCAGGCCUGCGCUGCCGCAGCUCCAGCCUCUCGGCGAGGAAGCGCUCGUGUGAGGAGAGCCCGCCCGCUCGGCGCGCUACCGGGGAGCCGAGCCGCCGCCGUGCCCGCGGCUCUUCCCGCGAGAUCCCAGCCACGGUGAGGGGCGAGGCCAUGCCGGGGAGGAGAAGGAGGGGCGGAGGCUCUUGGAGUGGCAGCGCCAUAAGCCUGUUAGCCGCGGCGUCGAAGGCGGGGUCACCAAGAGGCGGGGCCGUGUGAAAGGGCGGGGCCCUGCUGAAGGGGCGGAGACUCCUCGAAUGACAGUCCCGAAAACCUGUCAGCGGUAGCAGCGCAGGAGGCGGGACUAGCCGCCUCCUGUGACCAAUUGUAAAAGAGCAGAGCUAAUUCUCCCCGCCUCUCAUCAAUAAAUUGCGGGCAAAGGUGUUGCUGACCCGGCGUCUGGAGACCUGGGCAGUUAUAAAGGUGUUUUAGAUGACGUGGUUUGGGCAAAGUUUGGUCCUCUUCGGCCGCCGUAGACACACUUGACUUAGCAGAGGAGCUGAAUUUAAUACUGCUUAUACUGAGGAGCUGUUACCUUCGUUUACACUGAAAGGCAGGAAUGUGAAAAAAAGAAGAAGAAAGAAAAGAAAAGAAAAAAGAAAAAAAAGAAAAAAACACUGUGCACUCUUGACUUCACAUCCGUAUGGCCCCUCUUCUUUCCAACGUUCCAGUUUUGUGGAUUGGGUCACUCCAGUGUGUCUCUCAAUCAUCAGUGUAUCAGAAAUCUGCUGAGAAAAUUGAACAGAGAUGAAGUGCUCUCAG